CACCAUUUCCUGGCUCUGUGCUCCAGUGUGUUGCAGGCUGUGUGCAGUGGGGGAGGUGCCAGCGCUGAUCAAGCAGUGUAAUUUUAUACAUUACUGAAUCAGUGCAGGAGAAACCUGGAGGGACAAAGCAUCAUCUUCUCUUUGAACUGCACUGUAAAAUCCUACAGCUCUCUUAGCCUAGCCAUGCUUUGAUACAUUUUUUCUCUUCUUUUUCUGAUUUUGGUGUGAAUGAUAAAGUGAUCUGAUGAUGGCUCUCGUUAUGGAACCUAUUAGCAAGUGGACGCCCAAGCAAGUAGUGGAUUGGAUGAAAGGCCUUGAUGACUGCCUCCAACAAUACAUUAAAAACUUUGAAAGAGAAAAGAUCAAUGGUGAGCAGCUGCUGCACAUCACUCAUCAGGAGCUUGAGGAACUGGGAGUCACUCGGAUUGGCCACCAAGAGCUGAUUCUAGAAGCGGUUGAUCUGCUCUGUGCAUUGAAUUAUGGUUUGGAGACUGAAAACCUGAGAACUCUGUCUCACAAGCUGAAUGCCUCAGCCAAAAACCUUCAGAACUUUAUAACGGGUAGAAGGAGGAGUGGCCACUAUGAUGGCAGGGCCUCCAGACGACUGCCAAAUGAUUUUCUUACCUCUGUAGUUGACCUGAUUGGUGCUGCCAAGAACUUACUAGCCUGGCUGGACAGGUCUCCAUUUGUCAGUGUGACAGAAUACUCACUGCUGAAAAACAACAUUGUUCAACUGUGCCUGGAACUUACAACCAUUGUGCAACAGGAUUGUACAGUGUAUGAAACAGAAAAUAAAAUUCUUCAUGUGUGUAAAACCUUGUCUGGGAUUUGUGACCACAUCAUUUCGCUCUCAUCCGAUUCUCUGGUGUCACAGUCAGCACAUCUUGAGGUAGUUCAUCUCACCAGCAUUAUGCCCAGUGAGGGUUUGGGAAUGUAUAUCAAAUCAACAUAUGAUGGGCUACAUGUAAUCACAGGAACAACUGAAAACUCUCCUGCUGACCAGUGUAAGAAGAUCCAUGCUGGUGAUGAGGUGAUCCAGGUCAACCAUCAAACUGUGGUUGGCUGGCAGUUAAAGAACCUAGUAAAUGCGUUGUGGGAAGGCCCAAAUGGAGUGAUUUUAACCUUGAAAAAACGUCCUCAGAAUACCCUGGUUUCUGCUCCUGCCCUUCUGAAGAAUGUGAGGUGGAAACCUCUUGCACUUCAGCCUGUAAUUCCAACCAGUCCAACAAGCAGUUCUACAACACCAACGAGUACCAUGGGCAUAUCCUCAAAAAUGGAGAACUCCACACUCCAGGACGUUUUCAUUCUGUCUCCUAUGUCAGGACUUUAUGGCCCCAGGGAUGAAAUUGGAAUAAUGUCUUGUGAUGACAUCAGCAAAUUUGGAAAGUCUGGGAUGAAAGGCUCUGACUCUCCAAGCUAUUUUCUGGAGCAUGAAAGUGGGAAAUACUACACCCUAAUCGAGAGCGAAGGCCACCCUGUGGGCUCUGAGUAUGAGAGAAGCAGAGCUACAGGAGUGCGGAGGAGAGAAAAAACACCCACUCAUGGAGAUUUAAGGCCUGUUUCUAUGCCUACUGAGUACAGUUGGAUAGGGGAGUCAAAAGAACAAAACAUGUACAAGAGGGGAAGCAGAGACUCUGAGAAUUCACUCCUGCGGUAUCUGAGUGAUGACAAGAUACUGGUUAUCCAAGAAGAGCCUUUGACACAAAAAGACAACAAAAGGGACACAGGUCGUAGAUCAAGAAAAAAGGGCAAACCCACAAGCAGUACAAAUUACCCUAUUAGUCCAUCUGUAUUGGCAUCUACUAUUAAUAUUAGGCUCGAACCUGGACAGCAAGAUGUCUUGAAUUUCUCACUGGCAGAAAACAAUACAGUUCCACUUUAUCAUAGAGCAGGAGACACAAUCAGCGGAGAUACUGAAAGAUAUGCAAGUUCUGCCAUUGACCAUCAAGGAAGCACAUCCAUGAGGAAGUCAUUCCACUACGCUUCCCUCAGGGUAAAAAGCAGAAAAUGGUCAAAAGGGAGCUCUCUAACGAGUGGGAGCAGAAGACGGAUUUCCUGCAAAGACUUGGGGCAUGGAGAUUGUGAAGGCUGGCUAUGGAAGAAAAAGGAUGCCAAAGGUUAUUUCACUCAGAAAUGGAAAAAGUACUGGUUUAUUCUGAAGGAUUCAGCCUUGUACUGGUACACAAACCAAAAUGAUGAAAAAGCAGAAGGAUUCAUUAGUUUACCUGAGUUCAGGAUAGAUAGAGCAAUUGAAUGCAGACGAAAACAUGCCUUCAAAGCAUGCCACCCCAAAAUAAAGAGCUUCUACUUUGCAACAGACUGCCUUGAAGAAAUGAAUAGAUGGAUGAAUCGUUUGGGCCUCGCAGCAAUUGGUUACACACCUGAUGACAAGGAUAUUCAUCCAGAUGAAGCAGAUUACUGGAGUGAAAGCGACCAGGAUGACAUUGAUGGCUCUCUGACCCUGAAGCAGGAAGGCUCUUCAACACUAUGUGACAGCUAUCAUCGAACACCCUCAGUGAAUUCUUCAAGUCCAUUCCCUGAAGUCAAACAAGGUCGACACUUUUCAAGUGAAUCAACAUAUUCUCAUUCUUCUGCUGAGGAUUCUCGGCAAGAUGUAGCAGGAAGCACCCACUCAUCGGGAUGCAGACCUCCCUACCGAGAGAGACGCUCGUGGCAGGAUCUGAUAGAGACUCCACUAACCAGUUCAGGGCUCCAUUUUCUUCAGACUGUUCCUCCUGAUGCAGAGUACAUGAGUGGCCAGCCUGGAAUGUCACCAGACAGACGAAGACAAGCAACGCUACCAGUCCAGAGACGGCACAAUUAUGAGCAGGAUGGGCCCUUCCCUUUGGUGGAAUGUCAAAGGGGACAUAGCUCUCACAGCAGGCCACAGCAGCAGCGUAGUCAAAGCCUUCCCCGAAACAGAGACGUGAGGGGUAAGGGCCAUGUAAAGUCCAUAGAAGGAACAGAUGACAAGCUAGAAGAGAAAUUUCCUAUUAGAAGGCAUAAUAGUUUCUGUGCAGAAGAAAAUGUAAAGGAAAUAGGAGAAAAUACAGAUGGUCUGCAAGAGCUCUACAAGUCUCUGGAACAAGCCAGUUUGUCAGCUUUUGGAGAGCAGCGUCCUUCCACCAAGCAGGAGUUCCGCAAGUCUUUUGUAAAGCGAUGCAAUGAUCCAGUUAUCAAUGAAAAGCUGCACCACAUCAGAGUUCUCAAGAGCACUUUAAAAGCAAAGGAAGGGGACCUUGCUGUUAUCAACAGUCUUCUGGAUGAUCCCAACUUAACAUCAAAGAAGUUUAAAGAUUGGAAACUAAAGAACUAUGAGUUUUUCCUGGACAUUUGUGAGUACAGUGCUGCUGUGAAAUCUCAAAACGGAGCCUCUGAAAUUGCAUCCUCAGCACCAAUGCUGACACAUACACACUCCUUCAUUGAAACUCACGUGUGACAGGACUCAUACCCUGAAUAAUUGCUGGGUGCCAUGAAAGAUUGAAUAAGAUAAAUACUGUAAUAUUUAUUGAUAAUGUACUCAGCAGUACUGUAAAUAAGUUGGAUAAGAGAAUAGUGCCACAGGAUGCCUACUACAUUGCAUGAUAAGACAAUAAUAUUCUUUAUUAAUUUUUUCCAUUUGCUAUUAUCAACCAAUGUCCGUAUCAAGCUCUGCAUUAGAAAGAAGCAGUGCAGAAGUGUAACUGAAAAUAAGUACCAGUAUAUUUGAAGUACUGUACUAAAACUAAGCUUAUAUGAGCUCCUACAAUCAUUUUAUAUAUUUAGAUAUAGAUCAAGACAUAUCUAUGUAUAUAAAAUGUAACACAGUAGUUUACAUUACUUUUAAAAUGCCCUGAAGUUCACAUCCUCACACAUUCUUUCUUGAGAAAAACACAAAAUGAAAACAUCAACACAUUGGCCACUCUUAGAGAUGAAUGUUUAUUUUUGCAACAUUUCCAGGUAGUGACCAUCAUUGCAAAUAAAAGGACAGAGUUAUCAAAAUGUAAACUCAAUCCCUAUAGUGUGCCUUAAAAUGUACACUGUACAUCUAGCAAAUAGAUCCCAGUCUGGCCCUAUGGGCAUACUGUACAUGCCAUUUAGGUACUGUGUUUGAAACAUACUGUGACUGCCUUUAAAGUGAAAGAAUAUAAGCAAGCAGGUAUGGCACAGAGAUUAAGAUACGAGUAGAACAAUGUUGGUUGUUCACUAAUGCUGCAACUCGAACUGAUUUUAAUAUAAUUUGAAGUAUAUCAUGGUGAAAGAAAAUACAUCUGCACUGAAUAUGCUACAUACUGCAGGUUUUCAUAGUUUCUUCACUGUGAAUUUAAGUGACAUGUGACUGUGAGUCACAGAAUUCUAAAGAGCAUGCUUCAAGGAUGAGAAUUAAGUUUAAGAAACUCCUGAACUAAUCAAUUAAACUGUAAUAGACUGACACCUAGAGCUGAGAAAAUGAUUCAAAAUGAUACAAUGUCUGGCAAUAAUUUUGAACUGUUAGUAAUACAUUAGGAAGUGGGUGAAGUUAUUCAAUACAUCAUUUGAAACUCAAUCUUGUACUGAUUGGUUUAGGAAGACACAUGAGUCACAUAGUGUAUUUCACUUCCUUGCCUGGAUGGGAAUGAUUUCUAAGAAUCAGAUUUUGGAGAAAAUACUUUUGGAAAAAAGAUAAAAAGAACAAACAAACAAACAAAUUGCUCUAUGUUCAGUAGCAUUUACUGAACAUAAACUCCUAACACCCGUUCACAAUUUUCUUUGACUAUGCUUGCUAGAAUAUUUCUAAAAGCAGAACAAAGGGGAUGUGAAUUCAGCUGGCAUCAUUUCACUUAAACACAAGCAUUCACUGAUAAUCUUUUCAUGAGAUAAAUCUCGCCUCUCAUACAUCAAGAACUGUAAAAUUGACACAGCUCAGUACAAUAUAGGAAAAAACAUUAUCUUAGUGAGGUCCUGCUAUCCAGGAAGACGUCAUUAUUCAAGAAGCCAGGAGUGGUGAAGUUUGAACUAAAGUUAUUUUUUAGUUCAGUCUCCACAAAGCGGCUGUGGUGGGCUGAUCUUGGCUGGCCACCAGUUUACUCAUUCCUCCUCCUCCUCAUUAGGGAAACAAGGAGAAACCAUCAUGGAAAAGCUUGUGGGUUGAAACAGGGAGAUCACCUACCAUGGGCAAAAUAGACUUGGUUUGGAGAAAAUUAAUGUAAUUUGUUGCCAAUUAAAAAUACUAUUACCACAAAAGUUGGUCAGAGAAACUCCCUAAGACCCAAUAUAGAGUUUCAGAAAGCAGCAUUCUUCAUUGCAGCUCUGGGUGCACAU